AUAGACGACUUUUACAAUUGCCGAGCAAGAAGUGACUGAAAAAUUCCUAUUAAAUGGCGCCGUUUAAGCGCGUCCGCCAGCCAAAAGUCAGCACACAGGCGCUGCUCGAAUUCGACCUGGGCGAAAGUUCAUCGGACAGUGAUUUUCUGCCCGACAUCGAUGACAACUGUUCGGACGGCUCAAAGGACGAAAGCGACGGAGAUGGCGGUAGCAGCGACGCCAGCAGCAGCAGCGGCAGCGAUAGCGACACAAAUGCCGAUAGUGGUGACGAUAGCGAUGACGAUGAUUCAACACUGCAACUGCGUCAGCUGCUAAACGAUAAUCAACAGCAGCAAGAGGUGGCUGCACUGCUAAACGAUAAUGGACAAGAAGUAGCUGCACUGCUGAACGAUAAUCGGCGACAAGAAGUGGCAGCACUAUUAAACGAAAAUCAACGGCAGCAACUGGCAGCACUGCUAAACAACAAUCAGCCGAAUGCAACGCUGCCGCCCGCAACAGUGGCACAGCAGUUGAUUCAUGUAAACGGUUACAAUUCGGACUUGCCGCCAAAGCGAAUGUGUUGCGUUUGUUUGGGCGAUCGAAGCGACGACAUCAACGAAAUUGUCGAAUGUGAUUCGUGCGGCGUUUCCGUACACGAAGGCUGCUACGGUGUCAGCGACAACGUCAGCAUCUCCAGCACCAACUCCACCUGCUCCACAGAGCCGUGGUUCUGUGAGGCUUGCCGCGCCGGCGUUUCUGAACCGGAUUGUGAACUGUGCCCCAAUCGUGGUGGCAUCUACAAGGAAACAGAUGUGGGUAAAUGGGUGCAUCUGAUUUGUGCCCUGUACGUGCCCGGUGUGGCAUUUGGCGAGGUGGAACAGCUCAGCUCCGUGACCCUCUUCGAGAUGCAGUACAGCAAAUGGGGCGCCAAAUUAUGCUCCCUCUGCGAUAAUCCGUUGUUCGCCCGGACCGGAGUCUGCAUUGGUUGUGAUGCCGGCAUGUGCAAGACUUAUUUUCAUGUCACGUGUGCCCAGGUUGCAGGUUAUUUAAUUGAGGCACAUCAUGAGGAUGAUGCAGCGGAUCCAUUUUACGCCCAUUGCAAGGUGCACUCGGAGAAGGAGAUGAUUAAGAAGCGCAGACGAAAUUAUCACACUCUGCGCUUGAAUAUGCUGCAGCAGGCGAAGCAGAGAGCACAGCUCCAACAACAACUGAUAGCAGCUCAUCCGAAUCCCGCUCAGGCGCGCAUACAAAGGAAACUGCAGAAGAUACAACAUAAAUAUGCGCAGCACAAGCAACUCAAACCCACGCCUUGGGUGCCCACACAGAAGAUGUCGCGUCUGUUGACCAGUUCCGCUUCCGCUUGUCGUCGUCUGCUGGAUAAAGCGGAAUUUAUGGCCGUGGAUGUGCAGCAUUUGGAGCAGCGCGAGGCGCACAUACAAUCCUUGCAGGAUAUACGCAAAAAGUGGCACAUUGCGCCCGCUUUCAGUGUGGAAUUCACAGCCUACUACAUGGAUCGCAUUGUGCGCAUGGCGGACUUCAAGCAGCAGCAGCAGCAACUCAUCCUGCAGAAUUCCCAGCUGAGCCAGCAGCAAUUGGAGCUGCGUGCCAUCUACGAUGCUGCGCUGGAUGAGCGCAAACAGUUAAAGACCGUCAGGGAUGCUUUGGGUGUUGCUCUAAAAUCGCUGCACGCCGGUUUGGCUGCACUUUGUCCGGCUCUAACACUGACCAGUUUGGAGUUGAUUGCCCGGCCACAGUUGGAACAGCAACAGCAGCAGCAGCUGGUCAAGCGUCCCAUUUCGGUGCCAACAGCGGCAGCUUUGAAAAUGGGUCUGGGUUUUCCACUCUCGCAGUUGGCUGGCAAGUUGGAUAACUCGAGAAUGUUGAGCACAGCUCAGCAGCAGCAGCUGAGUUCCUCCUCCUCCGCUGCCGCCUCCACCUCCAGCUCGUGCGGCAUUUGCAAGCGCAACAAUGAUCAACAUUUGUUGGUCAAGUGCGACACGUGCAAUCUCCACUAUCAUUUGGGCUGCUUGAAUCCGCCGUUGUCGAGGCCACCCAAGAAAUCGAAGCAGUAUGGUUGGCAGUGCUCGGAGUGCUGUGAUAAAUCCGAUUGCUCCGAUGUUGGCAUCUCGGACAUUUCAACGGGUCCGCGUAAAUCUCGAACGCGCUUCAACAAGGAUGGGCACUUGGUGUACGUCGAUCGCUAUUCACUCGACUCCGAUGUGAACAAGGAGCUACAGCAGCAGCAGCAGCAACAGCAACAGUCGCAGCAACAGCAACAGUCGCAGCAGAAGCGUUCGCUUCACAAAUCCCUGCCAGCUGCAGACGAGGAACUGCUGGUCAGCAGUUCUCCGAAGCGGACCAAGCUACAGUCGUCACCGCGAAAGACUCCGGUUCAAGCACCGCUGGAACUCUUGCCACAGCCGGCAGCGAGUCAAUCGAUUCCAUCGGGCUGCGAGGACUCCAUCGAUAAGCAAUUGUCGCGCAAGGGCAAACGCAAGGAUAAGCACAAGAGCAAGCACAAUCUCUCCUCGGACACGGAAAAGUCCUGCACCAAAGAGCACAAGCGAAAGCGCAAGAAGCGAGCCCACGCGGAUGAAACCACGCCCGACAAAUCCAACGCUGGACGGCCCAUUAAGAUCAUCUUCAAGACACUGCGACUGCCUGGCGAGGAUGCGCCCGAAUCGCGUAGUUUCUAUGUGCCCGCCAAUGCGGUCAGAUCGGUGGAUGAAGCCUCGCGGCCCACAUCCGUGGAGACUGUCGAGGAUAUCAGCCAGCCCAGUCAGCCGGAGACGAUUGCUGUGGCGCCACCAAUUGUGACUAGCACACCACAAAAGCUCAAGGAGCCGCCAAAGGAGACACCUCCGACAUUGACUUCCCCGUCGCCAAAGCAGCAGCAGCAACGCAAGAUUAGUCCACGUAAAUCGACGCCACGCAAACAGCGUGUGGGAAGACCGAGAGUGUCCAAUCCCAAGCUCAAUCUGGAGAUCAAUUGUUGCGUCUGUUCGGAGACGGGCAAGGCCAAUCAGGUGGUGACCUGCGAUGAGUGCCACAAGCAUUAUCACUUCGCCUGCCUCGAUCCGCCGCUGAAGAAGUCGCCCAAAAUACGCGGCUACUCCUGGCACUGUGCCGACUGUGAUCCCACCGACGAGGAGGCACUGCCGAAAAAAUGAAACUGAAUGCUACCUAUUAAAUAACUAUAAUUAUAUAAAUAAUAAUAUUAAUACUAUAAAAAAUAAUUAGGUUCCUAAUUUGUUUAAUUUGACACAAAGUAUCGGAAAAUACUUGAUAGGUAUUAUAUAUAAAGCUUAGUUGAC